AUGCGUGCCCCAAAGAGAAUGUUCCAGACCAAAGCUGUCAUACUGAGUGCCCUCUCCUUGGCUUACUUGCUGAGUCUUCAGGGAGCUGGGGCCAUCAAGGCAGAUCACGUGUCAAUUUAUUUAGUAUUAGCACAAUCUCAUAGACCUUCAGGGGAGUGUAUGUUCCAGUUUGAUGGGGAUGAGGUGUUUUAUGUGGAUUUGGACAAGAAGGAGACAAUCUGGCAUAUGGAGGAGUUUGGCCACGCCUUUUCCUAUGAGGCUCAAGAUGGGCUGAAGAACCUUGCCGUAGCAAAGGAAAACCUGAUUAUCAUGAUACGGCGUUCCAACCACACCCAGGCCUCCAACGAGCCUCCUGAGGUGACUGUGUUUCCAAAGAAGUCUGUGGAGCUGGGCCAGCCCAACGUCCUCAUCUGCCACGUGGACAAGUUUUUCCCUCCGGUGCUCAAUGUGACAUGGCUGCGCAAUGGACAGCCGGUCACUGACGGUGUCACCGAGAGCCUUUUUCUGCCAAGCACAGAGUUCAGAUUCCACAAGUUCCUGUACCUGACCUUUGUGCCCUCAGCUGAGGACGUCUAUGACUGCAGGGUGGAGCACUGGGGCCUGGAAGAGCCACUCCUCAUGCAUUGGGAGGCCCAGGAGUCCAUCCUGGUGCCUGAGACGACAGAGACUGUGGUCUGUGCCCUGGGCCUGGUGCUGGGCCUGGUGGGCAUCAUCGUUAGCACCGUCUUCAUCAUAAAGGACCUGCAUUCCAGUCGCAACCCCUGGGUUCAGGGGCCCCUGUGAGUUAUUGCAGAGGUAACAACAUUGCUGAAAAGAAGAGGACUUGGGAGAGAUCUGAAUUCCUCACAAACUCCAGUCUCAGACUCCCUUCUCAAUUCUUGUGCUAACUCAGUGACAGUUCA